AUGAUCCUGAGGGAGAUUGAGAAGAUCUUCCGGGUGACAGAGUGUCAGGACCAUCAGAAGGUGUUGUUUGCUGCUCACAUGCUAGCAGAUGAGGCAGAGUAUUGGUGGGAGAACACUCGCCCACGUUUGGAGGGAGCAGGUGGUGCUGUUGUCCCAUGGGGGACCUUCAGACAGACUUUUCUGGAGAAGUAUUUUCCAGAAGAUGUGAAGAAUAGGAAGAAGAUGGAGUUCCUUGAGCUAAAACAAGGGAGUAUGAUGGUGGCAGAGUAUGCAGUGAAGUUUGAGAACCUUGUAAGGUAUUUUCCUCAUUAUCAGGGGGAAGCUGGGGAGAGGUCCAAAUGCAUGAAAUUUGUCAAUGACCUCCGACCAGAAGUAAAGUUGAUGGUAAAUUAUCACGGUAUUCACAACUUUGCACAGUUGACCAACAUGUGUAGAAUCUUUGAUGAAGAUCAACAAGAGAAGACUGCUUUUUACAGGAAUGCCAAUGCUAGUCAUGAGAAAGAGAAGAAGCCUGUGACUCACAGUCGUGCUAAGCCAUAUUCUGCCCCUCCUGGGAAAUAUGAUAACCAUUCUGGGGGACAUAGGACUAGUGGAGGACAUCACCUAGCUGGUGGGAGUUCUCAGCCAGUUAGCAGAGUGUCUUAG